GAGACAUCUUAAGAAAAAUCACACUUCAACUAUUUUGGUUCCCCGAUGGUGUAUUGUACAGUCACACCAAUAUACCCCUUUUUUACCGAUACUGUUGGGACGAAUUCCUCGCUUGGACGCAGAUCGUCCCCUGGUGACAUCUACCGCGCGGAAUGGAGGAGAUUCGGAUGGUACGGGAGCAAUCGCAAAGCGAUACCAGCCAACAACAAAUAGGCGCGAUAGUGUCUAGUGAUGAGGCUGAGAAUGGGGCUGGUAGCCCCAAUACACCAAGCGGCCACAGCGAUGGAGAGAAACUCGGUGAGGUCAAAAGUUCUGACCAGAACGAGGAAGCACCACAGAAGAAAGUCUCAAUGUUCAAGAAAGCAUGGGCCAAGAGUGGACUGAAUGUUCAGAUACUAAAGGCGAUGUUCAAAGGAAGCGUUGCCCCUAUGAUUGGUAUCGUAUGUAUCUGUCUUGAAUCCUACCCCACAACUUAUCAACUGACCUUGGAAGGCUUUCUACGAGGCCGACUCUGUCGUAGACACAUUCGGGACCCUUGGAUACCUCGUUGCUAUCAUUGCAGUGUUAUGCUUUCCUAUAAUGCCGCGUGCCAAAUAUACCCAAGACCUCGUGCUCAACACUCUGGGGAUAUGCAUUGGCUCUGCUAUAGCUCUUUUUGGAAUUUGGACGGGUGUAAAAGCUAGAGAGAAUACUACCGCUCCUGGGUCUACCGCCAUUUACAACUCAUCUCAGUCGGCCAUUUGUGCUAUUUGGCUCUUUUUCAACACUUAUUUCGUCAACUAUCUUCGAGCAAAGUUUCCAGCGUUAAGCAUGCCGGUCGUUAUGUAUGGAAUUUUCUCGCAGGUUGCCUUCACCUACGGACCCUUAUUCUCAAGAAUAUCCCAAGGCAUGGAUCUGAUCGGACGUAAGUAUAUUCUUCAAGAGAAUCUCUCUUUUCCACCCUCUCAUCAAAGACUCGAGUUAGAGGUGUGGUAAUUGCUCUGUACGCACCUAAGUUGGAACAAAAUUAUCUUAAAAGUCCCGCAUAACUACAAUGGUUAUGCGAAUACUUUGGAACAAUUUUACUUUUCGCUUUCAAAUGCCCUGGGUAUACCAGACACUUAAACUUUGAAGGAUUACUAAUUUUAUGUGCUUUGCAGGACUGCUGGCUUCGUUUCUGACCGCUUUCGCACUUUCGACAGGAGUACAUCUCCUUAUAUUUCCAUCAUCUUCCCGUAAGGUUGUCUUCGGGGAGCUUGAGGGCUACUUUGGUGCGGUACGGGGUGCGUUAAAAGCGCAGACAGCUUAUGUGCAGAGUUUAGAGAGCAGCGAUAUGUUCGCCCCGGUGGAAAGCACUGAUAAGGGUAAAACAAAAAAGUGGUUUUACAAGAAAAAGGGCGACAGCAAGGACAAACUAUCCAGUACUCAAUCUCCACAAGCAGCAGGCCUCAAAAGGGCAAUCGAGGGUCUAAAAGGCCUACACGGAAGGUUGUAUGGGGACAUAAAAUUUGCAAAGCGAGAAGCGGCCUGGGGAAAACUAGAUACGAAUGAUCUCGACGAAAUUUUCAAACUUUUGCGGGGUAUUUUAAUACCGCUCGUGGGAUUGAGCACGAUCGUUGAUAUCUUUCAGAGAACUGCUGAGCGACGUGGGUGGGUUCCUCCUCCUGAGCCAGAGAAUCAAGAAACGGAGCAAUGGCAAGAGACAGAUCACAGUGAGAAGGAAGAGGAAAAAAGGGUUUGGAACGAGAUGAUGAAAGCUCUGCAUGAACCUUUUGCGAUUGUUGUUGACGCCAUGGACGAAGGGCUUCAGCAUGCUGCUAUACUACUUGAAAUUACAAAACCGCCCAAAAAGAAGAAAACAGACAUCGAAGAAAGUCAGAGCGAGGGCCCAAAGCCUGGAGAACUUGAGUUUGGAAAACACCUUGAAUCACGAGUCUCGGAGUUUUAUAGCAGAAGGGGCCAAGCACUAAAGACCUGGGCGAGAGAAAAGGGGUUGUCAGAAGAACAGUUCGAUGCCAUGAAUGUUCCACCCACCACGGAGGAUUGUUCUCUACCGGAGGAAGUCAAACAUCACCGAGAUCAACAACAGUUGUAUAUCAUUCUAUACCUGGAGUUUCUGGUCAGUUGGCCACUCAAAAUUUCAAUCGUCUUACGGGCUGAUAAGUACUCACAAACUAACACUGAUAUGAUAGUUGUAUUCCGUUGGUCUUGCCAUAACAAAUCUCAUCAAAUUUGCCGAAAAGAAAGUGGGAGAUGGAACUAUGCAAAAGAAUCGCCUCAUUCUCCCAGGACAGGAAAGACUCAAGAAAUGGAUCAAGUCGGUGGCCAAAGAAGGAUCUACAGUAAAUACAGAAUGUGAGUAUUCUGAAUAAAUUCCAUCGAGAUUUUUAUUGGAAUGCGAGAUUAACUUAAUGAAAGCCCCCAAUGCAAUAGGUAUGGAUACCAACAACAUUUAUCUUGGUACCGGAUUCGGUCCAAGGAAAGAUCCUGAACAUCUGCCUCCAACUACCCGCUGGCAACGAUUUGGUACUCAUCUUAGAAUCAUCCCAAGCAUACUUGGGUCCACUGAGGUAAGAGAAGAAGUCAUCACUUCAAACAUCCUUAUGUCAAGCCAACGUUAUUUUACAAGCCCCGCAUAACUAAGCCAGUUAAGCAAAUGGCUUGGUAUAAUUGAAGUUUGUAAACUUUCAUUAAUCAAGUCAGCUGGGGCAAUUAUGUUCUUUGUGCUAGCCUUUUGGUGUAAUGUCUGAUAGAUUAUUCUAUCGCCUACAGCACCGUAUUACUAUUAUUUUAUUUUACUACUCCUAGGUAUAUUUUCAAUACUAACAGCUAUAUGUUCUAGUCCUCUUUCGGAUUCCGAGUUUCAUGUGCCACGAUGUCAGUUGCCAUUGUGGCCUACUUGAAAAAUGGUUAUGUUUUUUUCAUGGAGCAAAGACGUAAGUAGGAAUUAUUAUGACACUGAGUUGCCACCACUCUCCAACUAUUUAAUCUCCCAGCCGGCUUAACUUGGCAUCAUGAUCCCGAAAAGAAUCCGCUGACAGUAUGAUAUAAAGUUGUUUGGGCUAUGUUUAUCAUUGCAAUCGGAAUGACACCAACCAGCGGGCAAUCAACAUUUGGCUUCAUGGCAAGGGCGGUAGGAACUGGUGUUGCAAUGUGAGUUUUAUUGGCUUCCGAAAUGACUUAAGAUAUCUAAACGACGUGACAGGGUUACAUCUCUUGUAAUGUGGUAUAUCGUCAACGGAAAGACUCCUGGAGUAAUCGUAUUCCUCUGGCUGUUCACCUUUGUUGAGAAUUACUUUUUCUUGAAGUAUCCGCGCCAUACAGCGUUAUGGCUGAUUUGUAUAAUCACUCAAAUCCUGACCGUUGGCUACGAGCUUCAAGUCAACAAAAUCGGGAAGGAAGCUGCGGCUGCUGGCGGUCAACCGUACUAUCCGAUAUACAUAUAUGCACCUUACCGUCUUGCUACCGUUAUUGGAGGUUCUUUCGUCGCUUACUUUUGGACAAUCUUCCCCUAUGCUAUUACUGAUAAGUAGGUGACACGUUCAGCGUUAGCUUGCUAUAUUUUCAUCUCUAACUUGCCUCAUAGAUCAGAACUUCGUAGGGAUCUUGGCUCUACUUUGAAUAUUCUGGCCAAUUACCAUGCUAUCAUAUAUGCAACAACCCGUGCAAGAAUGGACGGUACAGAGGGCAAUAUGGAACUUGAGACUGCCCCCGGAAAAAGAUUAGAGCACGUUCGUCAUAAGACUUUCGGAAAGCUUUUGGUACUUCUGCCUUUAUUGGAGCGUAAGUUUAUAUGGCCUAAACCUGGGAUGGUGACUUGUAAUGGAUGUUGACACUUUCUAGAACACGCCGAAGGGGAGAAAUGGGAACCCACUAUUGGAGGAAAGUUUCCAAGGGCAAGUCUCCUAUUCUUUGAACUCCGAAUUCCCUGUUAACUAGUUUCAGAAAACUUACGAGAACAUCAUUCUUCGAGCUAAAAAGUAAGUCGACGAAAAAUUUCUGUCUCUAACAAACAGUGCUUCUAAGUUUGGGUUGCUAACCUGUGUUCUGAAGUCUCAUGGACUAUCUCUCUCUGGUAUCCUACGCAACUCAAAGCUGGUCCACUGGACUCAGUCCAGAAAAUCCAAAGUAUGUACUUCAUCAUUUAAUCUUGUGAUUUUUCUACCUUCAUAGGGAAUACCUCUAACGAAUACAGGCCAAUUUCACCCGAAAACCGAAGAUGGAUCAACGAUCUCUCAAAAGCAGUUUCAGGCCUCUCCCCAACCUCCCACAUUCUGACCACCACCCUAACUCUUCUUUCUGCCUCCAUAACACAAGGUCAACCUCUACCACCUCACCUUCAACCUCCCCCUGUUGUUGAUCUUGCGAAGCGACUUGAAACACUUGAUAGAGGAAUUUUGGAUGCCAGACAUAUUGAAGAGCCAGGUUAUAGUAGCUAUGCUGUGAUGCAGGUUGCUUCUAGUCUUGUGAUAGAUGAUUUCAUAAAGCUGGUGGAUGCUGUGAAGGAAUUGGUUGGGGAGGCGGAUUUUACAUUUAUGCUGGAUGCUGAUGGGAAGGAGUGGAAGAGGGAUUAGACGGUCGAACUUUAUGCCGAGUUGCUUGUUUCUAAUGAUAGGGAAAGUAAUUUUAUGAGGAAACGAAGGUUAUGAGUAAUGUGAC